AUGGCGGACUCUGCAAGCAUUGCGCAAUUCACGGACGUCACUGGAGCUUCACAGGAAGCUGCCAAAUUCUUCCUCGACAGUUCUGAGGGCGUGGUUGAUGCAGCGAUCGACCAGUACUUCGCCACUGGCGGUGAAAUGUUCGCUCCAGCCGCCCCUGAGGAAGCAAUGGAAGAAGCUGAACCCAUAGCUCAACCAGUGCUGCCACGCCAAGCUGCGCCGGUGCCGGCAGCAGCCGCACCGCCCCCGCGCGCGAGUGCCGCCAGCAGCAGAGGAGCGCGCCCUGCAGCGCAGCCCAGGGGCAACGUCCGCUCCCUGGCGGACAUGGCCAAGAACCAGGACGACAGCGACGACGAUGAGCAGAACGAGUACUACGCCGGCGGCGAGAAGAGCGGCCAGGUGGUCAAGGGCAAUCCAGCCCCGAAGGAGAAGGUGGGCGAGCUCUUUGACCGCGCGCGCAUGGCCGGCGCAGAGGACGGACCCGCCGCGCCCCUGCCGGCGCAGCGCUCCGCAGGGGUGUUCACCGGCACAGCGCGGACGCUCGCCGGCGGUGACGUGGCCCCCGAGCCUGCACCGGCGCCAGCGGACGGCCAGCCGCCGCGCAUCGUGCACAACAUCUCCUUCUACGCAAACGGGGUCUUCACCAUAGACGAUGGUGAGCCACGCCGCCUGGACGACCCGGCAAACAAGCCGUUUCUGGACAGCAUAGCGCGCGGGGACUGCCCCAAGGAGCUCGCGCCCUCCGACCGCCGCAUCGUAGUCAAUGUCAACCUGAUCCGAGUCGAGCGCGAGUACGUGGCGCCCCCGAAGCCGAAAUACAAGGCCUUUGGAGGGACCGGACGGCUGCUGUCAGCGGACGAUGGGCCGUCUGCAAGCAGUGAGGCGACGCCGGAGCAGCCGGCCGCAGCCCCAGCAGCAGGUUCCCAGAUGCCCUGGGAGGGCCCUGACGAGUCAAAGGACACAACUUCCCUGCAGCUGCGCCUAGCAGACGGCUCUCGCAUGGUGGCACGCUUCAAUCUGGACCACACAGUGGGGGACAUCCGCCGUUUCAUCCGUGCAGCCCGACCCGAAGUCACAACUCCAUUCCGCCUCAUGACCGCCUUUCCGCAAGCACAGCUGGAGGAUGACGCUGUCACCAUCUCCGCUGCAGGGCUGGCCAACGCUGUCAUCAUACAGAAGCUUUGA